AUGGAGAAAAGCCCUGGAUUCAGAGUUGCAAUACUAGGUGCUGCUGGAGCAGUAGGCCAACCACUUGCAAUGUUGAUGAAGAAGAAUCCAUUAGUCUCAGUUCUUCAUCUCUAUGAUGUUUCCAACACUUAUGGUGUCACGGCUGAUCUUGGCCAUAUGGACACGGGUGCCGUGGUGAUAGGUUUUAUUGGGGAAGAACAACUUGAGGUUGCCCUUACAGGAAUGGAGCUUAUCAUUAUACUUGCCGGGGCACCUAGAAAUCCAGAAAUGUCCAAAGAUGAGAUUCUCAAAAAUAACGUGAGGAUUUUGGAAAGCCUUUGCGACGCAAUUGCAAAGCACUGUCCUAAAGCAAUUGUGAAUAUGAUCAGCAAUCCAGUUAAUUCUACGGUUCCAAUUGCAGCAGAAAUUUUCAAGAAAGCAGGCACCUAUGAUCCCAAGCGGCUUUUUGGAGUUACCAUGCUUGAUGUUGUGAGAGCUAAUACCUUUGUGGCAGAAGCUCGACGACUUGAUCCUAGGAAAGUUAACGUUCCAGUCAUCGGAGGUCAUGCGGGAGCAACAAUUUUGCCUCUUCUGUCACAGGUUCAGCCCCCAUGCUCGUUUACACCUGAAGAAACUGAGUACCUGACAAACCGCAUUCGAAACGGUAAAACAGAAGUCGUCCAGGCAAAGGCUGGGGCUGGCUCUGCAACACUGUCAAUGGCAUAUGCAGCAGAGAAAUUUGCAGAGGCAUGCCUCCGGGGGCUAAGAGGUGAUGCUGGUAUUGUGGAAUGUGCUUUUGUAGCAUCCCAGGUCACGGAACUCCCAUUCUUUGCCUCUAAGGUACGACUUGGUUGUAGUGGAGCAGAAGAGGUCUAUCAACUAGGUCCCCUGAGCGAGUAUGAGAGGAUUGGACUGGAGAAAGCAAAGAAAGAGUUGGCCGUAAGCAUCGAGCAAGGUAUAUCCAUCCUAAAUUCCUAACAAUGUGAAAUUUG